AUGUGUCAAUAUGAUGAAAACGAUGAUAAAUAUGUUUAUAAUGAAGAUUGCUUAGAAAAUUUUACGCAAGAAGUAAAUUACAUUGCAGAAAAUGAUGGGAAAGUAAAAACGGAAAAGUACGUUCCUGGUACAACCUAUAAAGAACUCACUAUCGCGGACGAAAAAGUUUCAUCAAAUCAAUCAAACGAUCAUCAUCCAGGAUUCUUUCAAAAGACUUCAACAAAAGUUUUUUUUACUAUAGCCAUAAUAUUUGCCUUAAUUAUUGGGAUCAUAAUAAUUUACUACAUUAAGCGUAAGCGAAGGAGGAGAAGGAUUGGGGCUCCCAGCAGAACGCCCCGUGACCGUAAAAUUAAAAAAAAAGGUGGUAAAAUUAUAAAAAAUACUCCGCAUUCAAUGAAAUUCCUUGGAGUAGAAGACCCCCCAUUAUCCCAUAUAUCUACAACCUCUCAUAGGGAUAAAAAUAUCAAGAAUAAAUUACCAUAUAUUCCUUCAACAGGAACUACCACACCGUCUCAGGUUCCGUCUCAAACGUCUCAAACUCCACGAUCAGAAAGUUCAAGCAGCACGCAAGAUAAUUUAACGCGAGUGAAUGAUUAUUUUGCAUCUACAACGCUUUAUCAAAAUAAACAAGAAGGUUCUUCACAAGAUUUCACGACAUUGGAUACUCAAAGGGAACAACGGGAUGAAUCCGCAUCAUAUUCAAGUUCGCACAGAGAUCAAAGUCCUCGUGGAAGGCCUCGUUCUUUAGACCCUACUGGAAGAGUUCCUUUACAGUCUCGAUCUCCUUCAGAAGUUCGAAGAUUUUAA